AUGGUUUCGACAUCGGCGAUCUUCGCCAUUCUCUCGCUGUCAUUGGCCUCGUUCACUCAGGCCCAAACAUGUACCCCUUGCGAAGAUGUACACUUCUUCUUGGCUCGUGGUAAUAAUGAGCCUUACCCAGGACGACAGGGGGAUCUAGUUGCGGCUACUUGUGAUGGUCUUUCCAGUUGUGGUUAUGAAAAUCUCAUCUAUUCCGCUCUCUUCACCGAUUUGUCUUGCCAGACAACCUACGAUGGUGUACUAGCCGGAUUCAAACAAUUGACCUCAUAUGCGGAACGCUGCCCCAAGUCGAAGCUCAUCCUUGCUGGAUAUUCCCAAGGAGGUCAGAUCGUCGCCGAUAUUCUAGGUGGUGGUGGUGGUGUCUCCUUCAAUGGUUGCAUCCAGCCCUCGACCCCUGCCCUAGACCCAACGACGAGUCCUGGAAACAGACUUUCUGCUGUCAUCAUCUUCGGUAAUACUCGCCAUACCGCGAACCAGCCGUAUAAUUUCGGCAAUGGUUCUAGUUUUGAUGGUCUUUUCCCCAGAACGGACGCUGCUAUGUUGACCGCUCUUGACAAAUACACUCCUGUUCUGCGCGAUUGGUGUCUCGAACCCGACCCAAUUUGCGCUGGCAACAAGAGUGAUGCUCUAGUCUCGACCCAUCUUGGCUAUUAUCAGCACUAUUCGAAUGAAGCAGCCGACUGGAUCAAAUCUGUGGCUGGUUUGAAAGACAAAUCGGAUCACCAAACCGUCAUUCCAACCUACGUUAGUGGCACUGUCCAGGACUAUGCAACCGUCGCAAACUUCACUCCUUCAGGAAGUGUGAUACCUGCUGCUACCACAGUUCCCGUUGUUGAAUGUGGUGACCUACCAGCAAACUCCACCAGCACUUCUAGCAAUCUCUCAACCAGCCGUUCCGUGACCACUGCAAGCAGCACUGCUGCACCUUCAACAACCUCGAGCAGUGUGCUUCCGGCAUCGACAACUGCUGCACCUACUAGCAGCGCUACCGGAGCUACUGGAUCCAACGGUAGCUCAACCAGCUAUGCUGCGAAUAUGGGCUUGGUUGUGUUCCUUACCCUGCUUGUUUCCAUCUUAGCCUAA